CAUGUCGUCAUUGAGUAAAGACUGACGAAUUGCUCCAAUCGUUUGUUGGGGAGAUGUGAUAAAAGCUAAAUGAGUGACAGCGGAAGCUACGAGUGACAUUGCUCUGCCAUAAGUCUUUGAACCCAACCUUGAUUUUCUGAACUUUGUACUCCCGUUAGUGUGCGCGAUCCUGUGUGCGUUUCUCGACUUAAGGCAAGCGCGCUUCGUGGACGCGCUUUCAGCCGCACGGGGACGCGCUAAGCAGUGCAGAUGUGUCGCAGAUUUGAAAACUCACUGUACAGAAGGAGAGGGCAAAUAUCAGGAAAUGAAUCGGUAAAAAAAACAUUUGAAACAGAAACAAACCAACGGUUCUGCGAGGAGGGGAGUAGUUGGGGUGGAGUGUUGCGUUUCUGAAACGUGUCAGCCUGGAUUUUCAAUUUAUAACUACUUUGUGAAGGAACAGGACUAUCCAGGCAAACGGCGAACAUUAACAUUGAACGUGACGUGUGUGUACAGAGCACGGCACAACAGUGAUGGAACUGUCAGCUAUAGGCGAACAAGUGUUUGCCGUGGAAUCGAUAAUCAAGAAGAGAGUUAGAAAGGGGAAUGUGGAAUACUUACUGAAGUGGAAAGGAUGGCCUCCUAAGUACAGCACAUGGGAACCAGAGGAGCACAUUCUGGACCCUCGGCUAGUUCUGGCCUAUGAGGAGAAAGAGCAGAAGGACAGGGCGAUUAGCUACCGGAAGAGAGGGCCCAAACCUAAGAGGCUCCUCCUGCAGAACAUCUACACCAUGGACCUCCGCAGUGCCCACAAGGCCUCGGAGAAGCCGCCCGCUCGCCUGCGCCUCUCCCUCACCCGCUCGCUGGACCCUGGGCCGGGGUCCUGCGGGGAGCAGUCCCGGGCGAGGGGAGGGGGGCUGUACCGACGGCUGGCUCGGCGCAAGAACAAGCAGAGGGCGUCCCGAUUCCUGCGCCUCGCCCCUCCUCCCCGACCCCCUACACCCACACUGGACCCCCCGGAUGAGGACUGGGGUGGGAGGGAGGAGGAGGAGGAGGAGGAAGUGGAGGUGGAGGAGGAAGAGGAGGGCAGACAGGAUGCAGAGAGAGUUCCAGACUUGCACAGAGACACUCAGUCUGGCUCAAGCAGAGCGGAGGAUUGGAGCCCCUCGGAGGAGCCUGAGGACGUGACCGUGACCGCGAGGUCGGAGAGCUGGAGCCCCGUGAUUGGCCCGGGGGAGGUGACCGUGACCGACGUCACCAUCAACUCGCUGACAGUGACUUUCAGGGAGGCCUUGGCGGCCAGAGGGUUUUUCCGCGGCUGGGGUCUGGAGUCCUGAUGAAGAGAGAGAGAGGGGGACAUGGGAGGGACCCUGGAGAGAGGGGAAGAGGGAGAUUGAGAAGGCGGGCUUGCUUGGUCUUACCCUCUCAUGUGGUCUUACAUACCUCCUGAUUUCUUCAGAGCUGUCAAUCAGUAGACCCCUCCCCCCUCUCUUUUGGUUCAUACGUCAUAUACGACAAACCUGUCUUCUCCAUCUCUCGCUCUCUCAUCUUUUUGACAUCCUCUUCCUCUCCUGACUUCCACCCGUUCAAUGCAUGCUUGAUACAGCAUGUACACCCGCACUUGGCAUUCUGGUGUACAAUCACAGUUGAACAUGUUAUCUUUACCCUGGCAGUGCUAAAAUGCCCUUCUGCUGUGUGUUUACACUGGGAUUCAAAUUCAUGGCGAGCUGUAGGAUGUAGCCAGCCUAAGAGCUUCAAACAUUACUGCUUAAAAACAAAUCAAAACAUAGAUAGAAAAAUCACAAGGACUGAUGAAGGCAGCCAUUUUUGAUGGCUUUUAUUUUGCAGAGCACAUCAUUUUAAUUCUGCUGAGGACAUUAAAUCCAAACAGCGAUGUCUAAACUCCAACUAAUGCACAAGAAGAAAGUGCUUAUUUUAGAGCGUUGUCAAACAGUUUUAAAUCAAAUUUAUUCAGCAGUGAUCUUGUCAGACUUUUCAAAACCCAGUUAGGCACGAUAGAUACUGUAUCAUACUGUAUUUAUCUCAAGGCGUUAGUGUGCAGCUCCAUGACAACAGGCUCAGUGUAUUUAUUGAUUUAUUUAUUUUAUUUAUUUCUUGUGUUAUGGCCGUUACUGGUUCAGCUCCGAUGGCACAUGCAGGCUUCGCCAGAGGUGAGCAGACGCGGGAUCAGUGGGGAUGUGCCUUUCAGACCCUGUUUUCAGUUCAGUGCACUGAUGGCUUAGAGGAAUGGACAAACACCCAUUGUACAGCUAAUGAACCGUUUCAAAUGUUAUUUCUCUCUUUAACAAGUUAAACAGAACAAGUUAUGAAAUUGUAUGUUGGAUGUUGGAUGCACCGUGCGGAGGCCUUGGCGUAGAUGCAAAUCUCGAUACAUACCACCCAUGCACACACGCAUGCACACAGGCAUACACGCAUACACACACACAAGCAUGCAUGCACACACAUAAGCACACACACACGUACUCAAACAUGCACGCACACAAGCACACACGGAGGCACGCACGCACGCACACGCAUACACAUAUACACAUAAGCACACAUGCACACACACACACACAUACACAUAUACACAAGCACGCAUGCACACAUGCACACGCACACACAAACAUACACACACACGUGCACGCACACACAAACAUACACACAGAAGCACACACACACGCACGCACAUGCGCACGCACAUACAUAUAUAUAUACACUUGUGUACUCGAAUGUUUUAAUCCUAACUGAAGUAAUCGGUGGAGUACUUCCUAAAUAUUUGUAAAUGACCUUUUUGUGUACAGUUGUGACCAUAAGAGUUCUUUGAAGUGUAUAUCCAAAACUUGAAUGAGGAAGGAGAUCAAAUAUUUUUGGGGAAAUUGGCUGAUUAAUUUCUGCACAAAUGCCCAUCCCAAUUGGAAUUCGUUGAUCAGAGUAGCGUUGUAAACAUUUUCAUUCAUAACUUCCCUUUUUGUUUGCAGUUUAUGUCCAGGCUAAUUGAUAUAUUAUUUUUGCACCGUUUCUAAUUCUAUAUAAUCAUAAAACAUGGGUUUUGCCAUGUUGUUUCUGAAGGAAAAAAAGAAAAGAUUUCAAUAUUAGUUCAUUACAUGUGUUACGAUCUAAUAUGAUUCUGUCCUCAGUUUACCACCACCACCACCACCACCCCCCCCCCCCAAAAAAAAAAAGAACUGAAAUAACUGCCCCUGGUCUUCCGAAUCCCUCUGUUAGAUUUUUGGAGGGGUGAAAGGGGCAUCAAACUCGACCAACUUUGGGGUAAAAACGAAGGCAGAGACAAAGCAUGAAGGGAAGGAGACCACGGUUUGGCUCCGUAGUCUGUUUACACUUUAUAAAGGGAAAGAGAAAAACAUGGUGGCAUAUGGUGUCAUUUAUUUUUUAAACAGAAAGACGUCUGCCAUUAUUUUUGUAUUAUUGACUGAAUGUAAUUAUUUAUUUUGCAAGAAAACUUUGUGUAACGGUAAGAUUUUAUUUAUCUUUUUUUUUUUUUUUUUUACUGUGACAGCACCUGUGCUGUUGUGGUGAGUAGAUGUGAAUAGAUUAGCAUACAGUACAUGGUUGCUUUUGCUGCAUUUUGUUCACUGUUGAGUAAAAAUGCGAACUGCACUUUACAAAUGAAAGAUUAAUUAUUGUAAAGCUCCUUUUACAUUUUUCUGUCUUUGUAUAAGUAAGCAUACCUAUAUCAUUUUUUAUUGUACUUAAAAUAAAUAGGUGGCAAAUAUUUUAUAUA